AUGUCAAAUCGUCAACAGAUUGACUCCGUCAUUGAUGAUGACGAUGAGUUUUGCCCCCUUUGCAUAGAGGAAUUCGAUCUGUCCGACAAGAACUUCAAACCGUGUCCUUGCGGAUAUCAGAUCUGCCAAUUUUGCUACAACAACAUCAAAACUCAUAGCGAAGAAGGCCGGUGCCCGAACUGUAGACGCCCUUAUGAUGAUAGUACGAUACAAUAUAAGGUCCCUGAUGCAGACGAAUUCAAAGCCGACUUGGCGUUGAAGCAUCGAAAGGCUGCUGCCGCAAAGAAAAAGGAGGCGGAAAAGCGCGAGAUCGAAGCCUCCAGUCGCAAGAAUUUGGCCGGCGUCAGGGUCGUGCAAAAAAACUUGGUCUACGUGAUCGGCCUCAACCCCACAAUACGCGACGAAAGCCAGCUCCUGCAAACACUUCGUGGAAGGGAUUAUUUUGGCCAGUAUGGCGAUAUCGAAAAAAUUGUCGUUAGCAAGGCCAAGCCCGGCGGCAAUCCCAACCAGGGCAUUGGCGUCUAUGUAACCUACGCGAGGAAGGCCGAUGCUGCAACCUGUAUUGGUUCGGUCGACGGAUCGGUCAACGGCGAUCGGGUUUUACGGGCACAAUACGGGACAACGAAAUACUGCUCUUCCUUCCUUCGCAAUGAACAAUGCCAUAAUAGAAACUGCACUUUCCUGCACGAAACGGGCGAAGACAGCGACAGCUACAGCCGCCAAGACCUUUCUUCGAUGAAUACUCUUUCUAGCCAACGUCCAAACGGCGUCCCAAGCGGCCCCAGUCAUUCCAUUGCUGCUCAGCAUGUCACCCGACCCUCGGCCCAGCCACUGUCGCAACCGAUGCGCCGCCAGCCCAGUAAGGACGACGCUGCUGGUGGCAAUCGUUCACUCGAUGGGUCGGCGUUGCCAUCUUCAGCAAGUUGGGCGAACAAGGAUGUCGCGAUCAGCCGCACGAGACGGGCUAGUCUGGCUAGUAGCCAGCCAUCCCAAAGUCCUCGACCUGCAAGUGUGACGGUGGCGGCGACGGCUCCCGAUGAGCCCAAGCGUGGCGAGAAACAGUCGGCUAAUAUCACGGGCCGUCAAACUCCUUCACCGUCCAGUGCGUCGCCCUCGGGCCCUCAAUCUCCUGAAGCUGCUCCUCCCGUGUCGGAAGCAGAGGCUCCAUUGUUGGACAAUUUGAUCAAAGCUGUCAACUCCCCGGAGUUCAAGUUCAUCUUUUCGGCGGCUGGUCUGCCCGAGGAAGAGGUUGCGCUAAUUGAAAAUCACCCUUCGUUUAUUGACCCGUAUGGUGGUGUGAAGCGCCGCGCCAUGCGGGAGAAGGCAGAGCAGGAACGCGCUAGACGAGAACAGGAGCUAUUGCAAUCUGCCACUGCGGAGGAAGAAAGUCGUGAGAGUGGAAGCCUGCAGCUUGGUGGUGAGCCGGACGAUCCUCACCCAGUCAGAGGACGUGGUAGUCGUGAAUCCCACGGUGCUAUCCAGCCCCCGUCCCAGCAAGGCACAACCUCAAAUUCUACUGUUGGCUCCCCCGUCUCUGCAACCAGUCAUCAGUUUCAAGGGCUCAAUCUUGGAGGCCGCAGUCUGACCCCCAUGCAACAACAGCAGCUCAUGCUUCUCAAGUCCGCCAGCAGCCAGCAGGCCGGCAUAGCUGAUCCACUGCAGAGCGGACUCAGCUCAGCUGCCCUGGAUCAGGCCGCCCAGGUUCGACAGGGUCUCUUGCAGGGCCAGAUGGCACAGUUCAAUGCCCUGCAAGCCCAAAAUCGUCAGAAUUCACGGUUUUCCUUUGCAAACGAAGCCGGUUCCAAGAACCUCCCUAAUGCCAGGAUGUUGAGCCAGCAGGCGUCUUUGAUGCAGUCUGGGACCCCCAAUCCUUUGGCAGCCCCCACUGCUCAGCAUGGGCUUGGGAACAACGUCUAUACGAGUGGCGUGCAGGGCCCUCCUCCGGGGUUGAAGACGGCUGGGACACCACCAAUCAGCGGAGGAGGCAUGUUUGCUCAAGGCCAUGGAUUCACCACCAACACGAGCCUCGGACUCGGAGGCAAUAUCGGGAAGCAGGAAGCCAACCCGGAGUUGAUGCGCGAGCUGCUGCGAGGGCGCAGUGGCACGAAUGCAGGUGGGCUACAGGGACAGGAUGCCGCUAAGCGUGAGUUCAUGUUUCCUUUCCUCCAACAGCACCAAACCCCUCCUCCCCUGACUCCUGCCAACGGCCUUCUCAGCUCUUUCUAUGGCACCCAGACAGGGAAUUUCCCCGAGGCUGGACCACAGAAGCAGAAGAAGAAGGGGAAGAAGCACAGACACGCUAACACUUCCUCCGGUGGAGGCGGUGUAGUAGAUCUUGCGGACCCGAGUAUCCUGCAGGCGAGGAUGCACCAGGUGGGUGCGAAUACGGGCCAAGCGUUGUAUGGGAGUCAGGGUCAAGUGGAUGAAGAGUUCCCUCCUCUCGGCGCUGCCACCAAAGAAAAGCAUCCAGUGGACAGCUUUGGCUAUCUGGGACGCUCCCACAUGCACAGUGAAUCACAAAGCUCGGCGCGCACCGGCACUCCCAGCCUUCCUCCAGGUCUUCCCUUGCCGCACACUCAUCCGGCUUCCGCUCUCUUCCAGAGCCCAUUGAACCCAUCCAGCCCGACCUCCUCGACUUCGGCCCUUCCACCUGGACUAAAUAUUCCUCUCUCUAGGCUCGGUACGCCGUCUCAAAGCUUCCAGGACCCUACGUUCCGCUGCACAUCCCCCGAUAUGAAAGAUAUCGCAGACGACGGUCCCCCAUCCACUCGCGUCAAGAAUGCUUCAGAGAUCUCAUUAGGCUCACCGGUAGCGAAAUCCGCCAGUAAGGCUCGAUCGCAACCCAAGGAUGACCUGGCUGCCUCUGCAGACAAGAAAAGCGGAAAGAAAACGGACGGUCCCAGCGAGGAUAAGGGCUUGUCGACCUCUAGCAAAGGCAAACCCAUAAAGUUGGAACUGCCUCUAGACACGUCUCAGUCACACGAGGCUUUUCCGUCCAAGAGCGAACUGUCCGGUAACAUACCAUCCGGUCAGGUCCAUGUUCCAAUAUCGGCCAUCGGCUCCCGCCCCAACACCCCGUUGACUGCGGUCUCGCGUGCCUCAGACUCUUCAGCUCCACGUCAGCCCCGAGUUCUCCGCGUGGUCGACACCCCCAAGGCGGAGACUCCUCCCCCUGUGUCUGCCACCAACUCCAAUUCGUCUGCGCCGGUCGCCAACAAGACGCGGUCUAGACGACCUAGCGUUUCGUCUCUCAGCCGACCUGACACUCCCGGUGAUCUGGGUUCUGAGGCAGAUAUCUAUACUUCGGCGUCGGUGUCGCGCGCAAAUUCUCCGCCCCCAACAUCCCGGAUUGGUUCGGCCCCCGUGCGAUCCGUGACCAAGAGCCAAGCCAAGAAAGAUCGCCGGCAGAAGGCAAAGGAGGCUGAGGCCAAGAAACAUGAAGCUGCAUCUACCGUUCCCGAAGAGCCAGUGCAAGCCCCUAUUAUUGGAAGGAAGCGAAAAGCCAAGAAGGCGGCGACAAGCAACGCCGACUAUUCGGGGGUGGUGCCUGAGAACACAUCCGACACCGCCAAACCCACCCCUAAUGGUAAUGAUAGCAAGGAGAGGGUUGAGCAGAAGGCUGAAUCCAAGAAGGCCCAGCCCAAGGAAAAAGCGAAGGAGAUGAAGCCCAAUCCGGUCGAGGUCAAGGAAGUCCCCGUGAAGAAGGCUGAAGCCUGGCAUUCGAAUAACACGGUGGAACAGUUGAUCAAGGAUUCAGAAGCCAGUGGGAUCUCCAUCAAGGAGCUCUUCGCGGAACGGACGUUGCCACUCCCUACAUUGCUGGCUCAGCUCCAGAAGUUCGGCAUGUUGGAUCUCAAUACGCAUCCUCUAUUCCAUCCCCCCAAUCUCAGCCAGCGUUUCGACAUGAAAUGCAAUGCGGACGACUACGAGAUCUUGAAGCAGCCGAUUGAGCUCACUGAGGAGCAUCGUAAGAUGCUGCUGCGCGGGGAUCCUGUUCGCCUCAACACCGACUCCAGCCAGUUGAAGUACCGAUGUCUGAUCACUCCCCGGGGGGUUGUUCUCCGUCACCUGUCUCGCGAGGAAGAAGAUCGAUUCCUAGCACUCGAGAAGAGCUGUGGUUCCGACAGCGAUUUUGUCCAGGAGUAUCCCGCCGAGCCCGUCACAGAUCCAGAUUUUACCAACCGUAGCGGUGGACUCGAUGCCCUUUUUGCCACGCCCGAGAACUUCAACAUUUGCUGGAUGGAUGAGACAUCGGUGAGCCUUGCGCCGGUGUCGCCCGAGGGGGGCAUGUCCGCGGCCGAGUCGACCGGGGCCAUCAGCGCUGCUGCUCCGCCCAACGUUCUGUCGACCAUGGAGGCGGACAGCACGCGCAGUCACAACUGGGCCAUUGCGAACACCGCCGAAUUGGUAAACGCGACGGCCACCUCGGUGCGAUCAUUUGCCGCGGCCACGGCCAAGCACAUGCUCGGGGCUGCUGGUGUUGUCGUGGGCACGCUGCCGGAUUUGGAUGACGUUGUGGGCAUGACGGAUGACGAGCUGCGGGCGUUUGCUGUGAAGUCUCAGAAGGAGCUGGAGUCAUCGCGCAAGGACUUUGAUUCGAUCGACAAGAAGCUCAAUGCGCUGGUGAAGCGAAACAAGAAACUGGUGCAGCAGGCUUUGGCUACUGCUAUUGACGGACAAACGGUGCCGAUUUAG